AUGCUUAACCGAUCUCCAGGAAGCAAUCCGUUGGCCUCAUCGAAUAAACCAAAAAGUGCGAUUGGAGAUUGGGGGUCAGACGGAAGUCGUUCGAGAGCAAUGGAGGCUGGAAUGAUCAACGAUGAAGUGGUAUCAAGUGGAUCCGGAUCUUCCGCCCAGGGACGAUCCAUUUCGCCGUGUCCAUCCACUGCUAGUCAUGGGGAUCCAUUGCUUCCGGUCGCCGAGAACUGGUGUCACACCCAGGUAUCUUAUUCACAAGCACAAACGCUUGUUCAGAUGAAUCGAAAGUUUCAGGUGAAAGUCGUGAAAUUCAACUACAUGUGGACGAUCAAUAACUUUUCGUUCUGUCGUGAAGAAAUGGGAGAAGUUUUGAAAUCGUCCACCUUUUCGGCAGGCUGCAACGACAAGCUGAAAUGGUGUCUCAGGAUCAAUCCGAAAGGUCUGGAUGAAGAAUCGCGGGAUUAUCUGUCACUUUAUCUUCUACUCGUGCAAUGUAACAAAUCGGAAGUUCGGGCCAAAUUCAAGUUUUCUAUUCUGAAUGCGAAGCGAGAAGAGACAAAGGCCAUGGAAUCUCAGCGAGCUUAUCGAUUUGUGCAAGGAAAAGAUUGGGGAUUCAAAAAGUUUAUUCGACGGGAUUUCUUACUCGAUGAGGCCAACGGAUUGCUUCCUGGAGAUCGGUUAAGCAUCUUCUGUGAAGUAUCGGUUGUAGCAGAGACGAUUAACGUAACAGGACAAACGAAUGUCACGCAGCUCUUCAAAGUACCUCCUUGCCGGCUUGCUGAUGACAUGCAGGGACUUUUCGAUAAGCAACAGUUUUCGGACUUCACUUUGAUCUGCAAGUCGGAAAAUGGGGCUCCUCCGCAGACCUUCUACAUUCACAAAGCUAUCGUAUCUGCACGAUCACGUGUUUUCUCGGCGAUGUUCGACCAUCAUAUGCAGGAAUCUGAUACCAACAUGACAACAGUAGAUGACAUUGAUCCCGAUGUGAUGCGAGAACUUUUGGUUUAUAUGUAUACAGGACAAGCUAGGUAUAUAGAUCAAAUGGCUCAAAGUCUGAUUGCGGCGGCUGAUAAAUAUCAACUGGACCGGCUAAAAGUGAUGUGUGAGCAAGCAUUGUGCUAUCAAUUGACGACUGAAAACGCAUGUUUGACGCUGGUUCUAGCAGAUAUGUAUUCAGCAGCACAAUUAAGAGCACAUGCUAUUAACUUCAUCAACGUUAAUGCAGCUGAGGUCAUGUCUUCCGAAGGAUGGCAUGGACUAGUGCGAGACCACCCGAAGCUGCUCGAAGAAGUCUUCAGGGCGUUGGCAAUGCAGCAGACACCACCAGUAGUUCUCGUUCAACCGCCCAAGAAACGACCGAAGCACAACUGUCCUUAUUGA